CACACCCAUCUCCUUCACUUUCUUUCACAUUUAUAAGUUGUAACUUUUUUUUUCUUCUCUCAUUCCUCGCCACCUCUGAUAUCUUCUCUCUUUGCCUCUUGCAAACCCUAUAUAUUAUCAUUUUCUUCAUAUCCAGUCUUCGUCACCAUCUGAGCUCUUCCUUUUCUUGUUUCGUCUGGUGUUGGUUUUUGGCGGUGAUGAUUACGAUGACGGUGAAGGACGAGUGGGUUCGGGAGGCGAUGACGGACGACAACAUGGUGGUCGAGUUACUCGUAAGGCUCAAACAAGAGCAGACUGCGCCUCCGGCUUCGAAAUCUGCGGUGGUUGCACUCAAAUGGGGGAUACGUCAACCCAGGUCUAAACCCAUGUCGAUGAGAUGCGACGACAAGAGAGACGGGGAUUUCAAAGCCAGCACUAGGCGUAGCCCAACAACGCCUCUUUCUUGGAGCUGCGGCGGCGGCUCUGCAUCUCCUUCUGACGCCGAUGGCUUUGAAGAGACCAGUAAGCAUGUCUCUCGCUCCCAACUAACCGCAACUUCCAGAUCCAAGGGUACUGCCGGUAACGAAACUACUGGCACAACUUCCAAGAGAUCGAGAAGGAAGAAGACUUUUGCUGAACUUAAGGAGGAGGAAAAUCUGCUUCUGAAGGAAAUGGUUAUUUUGAAAAAGGUGAUAGCAUCUGUGCGUGCUACUUGCAAAGAACAGAAAGCCAAGAAUGAGAAAUUGAAAAGAAUUAAGCUUGAUUUGAACUUGAAAAUUGCAAAGAAUGAACCGGAGGAAAUAUCUUCUUGUCAACCUCGUCAGAGAGUAUUCCCGACUCUCGACUACGGUCCCUCACCCUCACACGCUCUUGAUGAUCACAAAGAACUGCUAGAUUCUUGCAAUGUAGGGACGGCUUUACUGCCUGAUCUAAAUAUGAUGCCCGUUGAAGAUGAUUCUGUCACCGAGACAUUAUAUUAGCACCACAUGAAAAAGAUGAUUCGACUACUUAGACCUUCUUGCAGCUGAAGGCUGUGAGAAACCGGUGAGGACUUGCAGGAAAAAUAAUGAGACUGGCCACGGCAAUGAGCUAUUUGCUGAUUAACUAUACUUAUACUCUCACCAAGCUACAAAUAUCACAGUUUGAGCUUGCUCCAGGUUAGAAGCCCUGAAAAGGCAAAAGAAGCUGACCGGCUAGGGAGAAGAUUCCGCGAGUAGUGUAGAAAUUCCGAGCUUGUAGAUGGCAAGCAUUCUUGUCAUGGUGCAGGCUCCAACAUUCCUGCAAUAUUCGUUGGGGUGAACCCUCGCUUACUUUAUAAUUACGAAUUUUAAUCGGAAUAACUGUGAAUUAUUUGUAGGUGUAACCUGAUGGCUUGGCCGUAUAAGCUUCUUGAAAACUAAUUUCAGAAUUUUGCUGUUAC